UGUUUUAUUUUAUUUUCAGAGUUAAAUCAUGUUUCAGUCCUGACAGACCUGACAUGAUCUAGGGUAGAAUUUAGAAUCGGACACAUAUCUUGGGAUAAAUUGUAGACUUGAAAAAAAUUUUUUUUUAUGAUUUACUAGCGAAGUUAUUUAUUUUAUUUAUCGCGGUGAUUUGACGACAUGAGUUCGAGUCAUCUUCCUGAAAACCUACUUUUGAAAAGAUGUCGACUGCAGCUUAUAUCAAUGGAGUCUCCUACAGAGCUUACUGGAACCAGUUCUGUUGCGGAGACAAUCUUGAGCCCCAUGACAGAUCUAGCAAAAAAUCUGGGAGACACAAGCCUAGGUCUCACACCGGUCCAGGACUCCAAGCGUCGAUUAUCCAUGGAGAGUGAGUCUAGUGACUCUACCCCGAGUCCUAAGGAAAAGUUAACCUUCAACAUUGAGACCCCUCUUUCCAGCCUCACAAACAAACCUAAACGUCUUCUCCAACCCUCGUCUCGGUUUAGUUUCGGCCUCAUGGCCGGCACAGAUGAACACAACAAGGAGAAUAUCCCGUGUGGAGUAUUCUCUUCUCCUGGUAAACCUGCACCUGGAUAUAAUACAAACUCACCACGGAACAAACUCAAGCUUAAGACUGAAAGCCCGGCCAAGACGUUUUCUCCGAGUAAAACCUCUGGACUGGGACUACGUCGGCUCUCCCCUCUCAAGGAUAAAUCUCCUUGCAAGAAGAUUUCUCCGAUAAAGAAGAGGAUUACCAAGCGACCCAUGUUCACUGUUCUCGACGAGGAGGCCGCCGAGGAUGGAUGUUCCAGAGACAGUGGUUACGAUUCUCAGAACCUCGAGGAUUUUGGAACCCGGAAAAGGAAACCUAACCCUGGUUCUAUGGAGGAUAUUCUUCAGGAUUGCUCUCCGGGCAAGGAGGACGGAAUCGCUCCCCUCAAAUCCUCGCCGGAACGGGACGAAAAAAUAAUCCGAUCGGACGGAUUUGAUUUUGACAGUUUGGAAACUAUCAGCGAGGAUCAAGAAAAUGAAUCUCCCAAGUUUGACCUGAACUCUCUUCUAUCAAACAAAAUGGUGAUCCUUCCCUCGCAUUUAGAAAACAGCAUGGCGUUCAACAAUCCUCUGCAGGACGAAAUAAAACCAACAGAGAAGUAUUUCCCUAGAAAACCGUUUGUCGGCGCACAAAACCGCCCCACGUUUAGGAGAGCUUUGUCCAUGUUGGAUCGACCAACUGGGUCGGAUUUUGAUUCUCCAGUGUCCCGGAACUCAACUUUUACCCUGGCAAGGUUCAAGCGACCUGAUCCACCUAAAGACGAAGAUACUGAAACGUGCAGUAAACGUAGAAAGUUUAACCCCUCUAGUCUCAUGUCGGAGCGAUCUCAAUCCCUCCAGGGAACCUCAGAGGUUAAGAAACCCAAAUUUUUCCGUUCUCACUCCGAGAACGAGCUGAGCGUGAUGCAAUCUUGUCAGUUGAAGGAAGAGAUAGAGGAUAUACUGCCUGAUAGCUCCAGAUUGUACGUCCUUCCCUCCUUGAGUACUGGGAACAAGCAUCCGAGCCUACGGAGUAUAUCUUGUGAAACAAUGGCAAAGGUUAUUACAGGAGAAUACAGUCAAUGCAUCAAUUCAUAUAGAAUCAUUGAUGCGCGUUACGCCUUUGAGUAUGAGGGCGGACACAUAAAGGGUGCAGAGAACUGGCAACAUGGUGAAGAUGAGGAGUUUAUAUCCGCCUUCCUUCCGCCACAUCCCCUCCCCGCUCCGCCCCAGCAUAAUAUCAACUGCAACGCUAAACGGGACAUCUUGAUAUUCCACUGUGAGUUCUCCAGUCAGAGAGGACCAGACUUCUACAUGAAACUCAGAGAAAGGGAUCGUCAACUAAACCAGCAUGUAUAUCCUGCACUACACUACCCUGAAUGCUACCUACUCCAUCUAGGAUACAAGGAAUUCUUCCUCCAGUAUCCUGAGCUCUGUACAGGCAGCUAUACAACCAUGGUCGAUCCAAAACACGAGCAAGACUUACGGAAGAUGAGAGCUAAGAGUAAAUCCUGGUCUGGUGGAACCAUCGCUAGAACAUCUAGGAUGGGUAGACUCAACCUCUAAUCCUGAUCUCAUGGAACCAUCGAUAGAACAAUAAGAACGAAUCGAAUCAACCUAUAGUUAAAUAAUUUUCAGACGCUUCUAAUCUAUGCUUAUGUUUUUAUGUCUGAAAGCAGAUUAAUUUUGAGUCAAUAUCGUUUUAAAUUGGAUUUUUAGAUCAAUUUUUUUGUGUAUAGAUCCGCUUUUUCCUGUUAAUCCUUCGCACUUAUUUACACACAUAUUAAUGAGAGAUGAAAUUUAGAUAAUCUUCGAAUUAAUCAGGGAUUGAAUAAAGAAAAUCCUCGAGUAAUUUAGGGUUGACUUUAUAAAAUCCUCGAAUUAUUUUGGGAUGAAGUUAAAAAAUCCACUGAAUUUACGGGCGAUGGAAUCAAUCAAAUUCUCGAAUUAUUUAGGGAUGAAAUAAUAAAAUCCUCGAAUAUUUCAAGAAAUCAUGAAAAUCCUUUAAAAUCACUGCGGCUGUUAAGCCGAUUAUAAAUCUUGAAAAGUUGUUCAUUUCACGAGAAAGUUUAAAAGUUCAAUUAAAUAUUAAUAUUUCUCAGAUUUGAACUAGAUUUCGUGUAACUCUGUGAACCUAGUUUUCUAACUUUUAUUCGUCAGUUUUUGUUCAUUUUAUCAAAUGAUUUUUCUUUUUAUUUGACAAAUUUGUUUUAAGUUUAAUCAAGUAGUUAAUUUAUAUUUUCUCCAGUCGGAACUGGUACCUGGAGAACAGGAACCAGGAUCCAGUCGGAACUGGUACCUGGAGAACAGGAACCAGGAUCCAGUCGGAGCUGGUACCUGAAGAACAGGAACCUAGAUCCGGAGAUCUCUUAAAAGUACAAAAUCUUUUUUGUACGUUCUUGUUACGUUAUGUAGAAUGCCAUUAUAUGUUCGGAUGUAGGACCUUGGUAGUGUACUUAUACAAGUACAUCCAUGUGAUGUACUGAGUACCAAAUACACGAGUGUCACCUAUGUAAUUGAUGAAAGCAUUCUUAAGUAAAUUGUAAAUAGUGAUUACAUUGUGAUUUUCCUAUUUGUUUCGUUCUAUUUUUAAUUUUGACUGAAAUAUGUUUCUGUUCUUCUAGCAGAAUAUACUUAGAACCAGCA